AUGGCAUCAGAAGCCCCAGCCGAGCCCGUCAAGCGAGGCCGCGGCCGCCCCAGAAAGCCCGACUCGGAGAAGAAGCAGAAGCCGCGAGUAGACGAUGGCACACCGCGCCGAGGACGAGGCCGUCCGAAGGGAAGCCUCGGCAAGCCCAAGGUCCUCACCGCCGCCGCUGGCGUCUCCAAGUCGACGUCGGCAAUGAACACGCGGUCGACGGGCACGCGAGGUCGGCCUCGCAAGAGCGACGCCGCCGCAGCUUCCACCACGUCGACUACCAAGGCGGCCGGCGCGACGCAGACACCGUCCAAGCGAGGUCGCGGCCGGCCGCGCAAGAGCGACGCCGCUGCAUCCUCUCCUGCUGUGGAGCGCGAGGAGCCAGAGUCUGCCGCAUCCGAGGCCGACGUGCCUGCGACGGAUGAGUCGCCCCGGAGCAAGAGUGCUGCUUCGUCAGAGGCUGAGCAGGACGAGGCUUGA